AUGGAACAACAGGCACCGAUGACAAAGUCUCUGUAUAGACUAUGCGUCGAGAAUCCGCGCUUCUUUGUUCAACCUAUUUUCUGGACCUCAAAGCACCUUCAAGUAUUGCACUGCCAUUUCGAGCACCUUGACUCCUCCAGUGCCCCUCCGCCAUUCCCACUGCCGCCUGCUCCUCCGUCCGCCAGCCACGGUGGACCAGACCUCACACAGGAUCUCAUCCACUCGAUUUUGAAUGUCCAAUAUGCCCACACUAAGUUCGCCUCCUUCGCGCAGCUGAUGCAUCCUUAUGGCGUGAUCUCCUGCCUACGUCGAACUCCCUUCUCCUAUAACGGACUCUGGCUUCAUAUGCCCACAUGCAAGGUUUUCGAAUCGGACGACGUACACAAAUUUGAGCAGAAGCCCGUUAUUGGGUGCUUUCAUUACGAUGUACUUAUCAAGCAGCGAGAACAAGCCCGAGUGCCCAAAAGUCAUCCCGUUCCUGGCGCCUCCAAUCUUCCCGUUGAGAGACUCUACCAGCGCAAAUUGCGAAAGCUGACUCCGGCGCUGUGGUUUGAAGACCCAUACUUGGUCUGCGUUCUACUCUCGCUGGCUCAACUGCAAUGGAAGAGGCGGGAAAGCAUGACAGAAGCCUAUUUUGCCCGAUUAUUCGUAACAAAAGCCUCUGACAAGACGCACGCGCACGUCUUCCGAGCCGACAUCCCCUCGAAAUUCCUCCACGCUCUCGACAACCCGACCGAAGACAUGGACAAUCUUGUCUGGCCAGCGAUCCAGCACAUCCAGGUCCCCUUCGAACCGCAUGCGACCUUCUCAGAGCGAGUCGCAGGACAAUUGCUCGCUGGUCUUAAGACACGGGCGCCGGAGGAGACACCACGAGGAGAGAAGCAAGGGCGAUAA